UCGGGACUGGAUAGGCUAUAUACGUGGGUAUAUAGACGGUGGUGCGUGGAUGGGAGGACUGGAGAUUCAACAAGCUACCUCUGACUGUCAUAUACCACCAUGAAGUUCAGCUUAUCCAGUACGCUUACGUUGACUAGUGGUAAUCAGAUCCCCCGAUUCGGGCUCGGUGUAUACAAAUCAACUGGGCAGGAAUGUUCGACUGCGGUCGCCGAGGCGCUCAGAGCGGGGUACAGGCACAUCGACUCUGCUCAGGCUUAUUCGAACGAAGAGCUCGUAGGCAAAGCGGUCGUUGAAAGUGGUGUCUCGAGACCAGACGUGUACCUUACUACCAAGUAUCUACCGACGGCUGAAGCCAAAUCGCCGAAAGAUGUUCUGUCAGUCCUUAGACACUCCCUGCCCAAAAUCGACCCUUCCAAAGAGGGACCGCAUAUCGACUUGAUGUUGUUGCAUUCCGCCGAUGGUGGCGCUGAGGGGAGAGCAAAUAACUGGAGAGCUCUGACUGAAGCCCAGAAGGAAGGCUGGAUUCACGACAUAGGCGUUUCGAAUUUCAAUGUCAACCAUUUCUCUACCUUACCGGGCCCAGUUCCUGCUGUCAAUCAGAUCGAACUACACCCCUGGUGCCAGCAACGACCCAUUGUCGAAUACUGCAAACAGCACAACAUCGCUGUCGAGGCGUACUCCCCGCUGGCCCGCGCAGAUGAGCGAAAAUGGAAUGACCCAGUCGUCGUGGAAUUAUGCAAGAAGCAUGGGAAAGAGCCGGGUCAAGUGGUUCUAAGAUGGGGCUUACAGAAAGGAUUCAUAGUCAUUCCUAAAUCGGUCAACCCGUCUCGUAUCAGGUCGAAUGCCGACAUAUACGAUUUCGAGCUAGAUACGACCGACAUGGAGGCUCUAGAUGGUCUUGAUCAGGGUGCGGCCGGGGCUGUUACGUGGAAUCCAUUGGAUAAAUACCAGUAGAAGCGGCCAAAUGUGUCCAAAUGCGUCUCUUGUUACGCUUCACUUAUGAGCAAGACCCAAGCGGAAUUCUAGCGGUCGCUGGCGGUAUAAUGGCUCUAUUAAAGAACCUAUGCUUCAU